AUGUCGGAUUUGCAUGACUUAUGUCGCUUUCCAAGUAGACCUAUUGGAAAAAUAUAUCUUGAGAAUUUAAAGUAUUAUUUAAAAAAUGGAAUCCCAGCUACCUAUACUAUAGAAGAAGCAUAUAAGUUUAACAAUAAUAUUGAAGAAGAACCAACCACCACAACAACUCCGUUACACUUACUUUGCACUAAUGUUCCUGAUGAUUUGAAUGGAGAUGAAAUCAAGAUUGUAAAUGAAAUGGUGGAUGUCUUAUUCGAGUAUGGUGCCGGGUGGUGCCUUACAGACAUUGACGAAAAGACCCCAGGGUGCAUUCUUGUUUCCAGGGGAAUGAAGAAUCUGGUCAUAUAUCAAAAAAUAGUGGAGGCAGGUGUAAGAGCUGAGUUGCUUUUAAGAAAAGUCGAAGAGCUUAAUGUCGAGUUUAUUGAACCACAGGAGGAAACAGGAGAAGGUAUGAAGGCAGUGGACAACUCAAUUAAUAUCUCUAAUGAAUCAGCAGAUGAGGGCCAAGGAAGCCCGACAACUGAUCCCGCAUGUAAUCAAGAGGCAUAUCUCAAUACGAAAUUAGAAUAUAAAGACAACGCAUUAGUUACCAAAGAUGGACAAGAUGGUGUAAUGAUGUCGUGGGAAUCUACUUUAAUGGAGUUAGGAUGCAACUCCUUAUUCGAAAGCGUUAAUUCACAAGACAAAGAUGAAGAGGUUAAUAUUUUGAACAUAGGUUUUGGCAUGGGAAUUAUUGAUACCAUGAUUAAUUCUCGUGAUCCAACGAAACAAUACAUUUGUGAAGCGCACCCCGACGUGCUUAAAAAGUUGAGAUCUGAUGGGUGGUACGAAAAGCCAAAUGUUGUCAUAUUGGAGGGUAGAUGGCAAGAUCAGCUCGAUUUUUUACUUUCAGAGGGUACAACUUUUUUCGACGGUAUUUAUUAUGAUACCUUUUCAGAACAUUAUGAGGAUAUGCUACAAUUGUUUGACUACAUAGUUGGUCUUCUAAAGCCAAAUGGGGUCUUUACGUUCUUUAAUGGGCUUGGCGCUGACAGAGAGGUUGUUUAUGACGUCUAUAGGAAUUUGGUUGAGAUGGAUUUAGCUAAUUACGGCUUAAAAUGCUCUUUUCAAAGCAUUGAAGUUGCUCCUAAAGCUUUACAGGCUAACACAUCCACGGAUGAUCAAUCACAGAGCAUAUGGGAUGAUGUGAAGAGACCAUACUGGUCUUGUCCGGUGUACUAUCAUCCUGUAGCUCGGUUUAUAGAUAUUUAA